CGCAGGAUCUUCCCAGGCGUAGGCGUGGCGUCGGGAUGGUCGUCGUUGGGCGUAUCUAAGUUAGCUUAAAGUAGAAGUCUGGCGGUGGUUGAUGGCGAUGGAUGGCUCGACUAGGCCGGAAGAGGAACUCCACCCAAUCGUUAAUUCAACCUCACCAGAACAACGCAGAGACAACAACAAUAAUCAAAAUUACAACUGGAAGGAUGCCGCGGUCACGGAGCAGGAAGAAGACUCAGGCUCAGACGCAGGCCGUCCCGCGACGGCGAGUGGCUGUCCAGGACGACGAUGGCUGGACUCAUAUCACCAACACCAGGCGGGUGGCCACUACAACAGCUACGACAGCACCUACGACGGACCAGCUUAUACCAGCAGAGAUACCAGACGGGCUGACGCUGAGCCAGCUGCGCGCGCAGUUUGACGCCCAUCAGGAGAAAUGGCUGGCUUCGCAGACCUGGAAGGCCAUCACGGCCUCUCCCAUCGCCAGCUCCAUCGCCAGCAGCAACAAUAACACCACCACCACCAGGAUAGACAAGUUCGUCUGCAUCGCCCUUGGGAGUCCCAGCGGCUUUCUUCGCGGCGGGCUCGUCGACCGUCGAGCCGUCUCGCUCUUCCAGCUGGCGGCCUUCAUUUCUCUGAUCGACCUUCUCUCUCCUAAUACCCUUUUCAACAGGCUGGACGCCGAGCUGUUGGCCUCGUUGGGGGUGGAAGUGGUGCGGCGAGAGGCGUUUGGCAUGGUGGAUGAGCAGACGGUGGUGUUUGGGCCGGGCAUGGAGAGACGGCAUCUUGUCGAGGUGCUGGCUAGACGGCCCGUGGUGUUCUUCGGUGGGCCAUUAGAGACAUCAGACGAGGUGCUGGAAGAGUACAGCAAGAACCAGUCAGUGCGCCUGCCGGAGUUUGAACCGAAUACGGCGUCAUUCUGGGGGACGAGUGUCUUCUGGCGGUCGUUUGGUCGAACAUGA